GUGUUUUUAGCACAGUACUGCUGACUGACUUACAGUUUUACACAUCAAUCACAGCAGAUUUUUAGUAAUUAGAUCUGAUACAAAGUAUAUAUUUCUAUUUUCAACUGUAUUUCAAUCACACUAAUAUAUAAAAUGCCCAAAAAGAAAACAGGUCAACGAAAGAAAGCAGAAAAACAAAAAUUACGACAAAAAGAGAUUCGGAAUGCACGAGAGAACGUGGACUUGGCUGCCCAUCCGUGCAACAUACCUAUGGAGUGUGAUAAAUGCCAGAAGAAACAGAAGAAUCGGGCAUUCUGCUACUUCUGCCAGGCAGUGCAGCGUCUGCCAACUUGUGCGCACUGUGGCAAAGUGAAGUGUAUGCUGAAGUCUGGAGACUGCGUUGUGCGUCACCCGGGGGUCUUCACUACAGGGCUGGGCAUGGUGGGAGCCAUCUGUGAUUUCUGCGAGGCGUGGGUAUGCCACGGCCGCAAGUGUCUGACUGCGCAUGCCUGCACCUGCCCACUGAUGGACGCCGUGUGUCUCGAGUGUGAGAGAGGCGUAUGGGAGCACGGCGGGCGCGUGUUCCGCUGCUGCUUCUGCCAGGGGUUCCUCUGCGAGGACGACCAGUUCGAGCACCAGGCCUCCUGCCAGGUCCUCGAGGCCGAGACCUACAAGUGCCAGUCGUGCAACCGGCUGGGCCAGUACUCGUGCCUGCGCUGCAAGACGUGCUUCUGCGAGGAGCACGUGAGGCGGCGCGGCGCGCGCCCGGCCGGCCGCGGCCCGCCGCCCUGCCCGCGCUGCGCCUACGCCACGCACGUCACCAGCGACCUCGCCAUGUCCACGCGCUCGCACCGCUACGGCCGCCAGCCCGUCGCGCACUACGACGGGGACGACGGGGACGACGACCGCGCCGGCGGCUACUCCGCAGGUCUCCUAACCUUAUUACAAACUAACUACUAUUUGCUUAUUUCAUUGGUGGUCCACACGAUAAUAUUGUGCAUAAUCUUUGGAAAACGAUAUUGGUAUAUUGAUAAUCCACAAUCCGCUAACUUAUUUAGAUCUUUCAAAAGAAUAUUUUUGUCACAAUAUACAACCAGUUUGAUCUUACUUUUUGUGAUUUUCGACAUGUAAACAUAUAUGUGUUUACUAUAAAACUGUGUAUUUCUGGAACAUUUCCGUUUAUUGUGAAGUAAGAAAUGAAAAGAGAAAUUGUAUCUUUUAGGGUACGCGGCUGAAGGCGGGGACUACUCGUCGUACGAGGAGGACGACGAUGACGACGACGACGACGACGACGAUGACUCGGAGUCCGAGUCGCAGUCGGAGGAGGACGCGGCCCCCGCGCCCGCCCCCUGAGCCCCGCAAUACAUUCGCUACCCACAUGUCAGCCUGGUUUUAUUGUUUCUACCCUUCCCCUAUUUUCCAAUGGGUCCCGCACGAAGCCGACGUGUAAAAGCAAACGUGAUAUCAUCUGUAACGAAUUCAACAACAAAGUGUAUUCCUUCCUGACGAACCUCUGUUGGCGUGCCACGAGGAAUGGCAGGAAGCCUCUAUACACAGUAGUAGUGCUAACAUUUUGAUGAUCUGUACAAAUGACCUUCUUCACUGGAUUUGUUACUUUACUAGCCUGCUGUGAUAUCUGCCUUGAACGAACGAACUGCAGUCAUGGAGGUUGAGUGAGUGGUGUCAGGAACGUGUAAACUAGUAUUUAACACCAUUUUUUUCUAUUUUUUAAUAUGAUGGCCAACCUCAGUCAUC